GUGAUGUGAACUCAUUCGCGAAUUGAUUCAACGUUAACGUUUUUAGAUUCAUAUGAGAAUUGUUGUUUGUUUAUUUCUUGUCCAAAUUAUAUUUUCUACGAAAUAUUCGUUUUAAUUUUACAAUUUCGAUUUUUUAAUAUUUUAUAUUCAGAAUUGAUAUUAUAGUAAUUUUAUUUUUGUGAAGAAUUCGAGAAAGCAUAUUGAUUAAUAUGCUAAUUGUUAAACAAUAUUUAAUUCUAAUCUAGAAAUUUCAGCUUGAAAUCCCACAAUAGUCGGUUCAUUGGAUUCGUUUUUAUCUAAUUGAAAUUGCAGGGGUAAAAUCAGAAAAAUGGAUGUUUCUCAUAACUGAUGGGAAGUUUGAUUGUUUGACAAGAAGAAUUGAAAAUUUACAAUGGUGGGUCAAACUAAACAGCAUCAUAGCCUACUGGAAAAGAUUCAAGCUAUGUUAUCCGAAAUCACAGUGGAACCGAUUCUCUUCCUCACCGUUACCUCCGAUCUGAUAUACAAGUUGAUUAUACAGAAUCUGUACAUGGAAAAAGCAUGUCGCGUAUCACUUUCGAUGAACUCAACUACUUGCGAUGCCAUGUCCAGAAGAAACCAAAGCGGUUACUCAGUAUCCGAAGAGAUUGAAGUUCAGAAGCUGUCAUCCGGAAUGAUGGCCAUAGCCAAUGCCCUGCACGGGUUUUUCCCCGUCAUUCUGGCCUUAUUCAUAGGUUCUUGGAGCGACAGACAUAGCAAGAGAAAACCGAUCAUCUUGGCACCCGCUAUAGGAUUGUUGCUGACAUUGAUCUGCUUAAUAUUGAACACGAUAUAUUUUUACGAACUUCCUAUUAUAUUUACCGUGUUGAGUGAUGCGUUCUUCAUCCCCCUUCUUGGAGGAUUUCCGUGUUUGUUUUUAGGCGUUUAUAGUUUCAUUGGUGCCAUCAGUAGCGAUGAGAACAAGACUGUGAGAUUGGGUACCAUUUCGACGACACACUCUGUAUCGAUGGUGCUGGGCAUCGGCGCCAGUGGUUUCUUGUAUAAUUACCUAGGUUUCAUCGCAACCUUUGCCCUGUGCUCCAUCUUGGUGUCCUUGGGAAUUAUAUCCGGGUAUUUUUUGGUGCACGAUCUGCCCUUGAAGAAGUCUGAGAUCGACGUAAUGGGCGGGAUGGAUAAGAAGAAAUCUUUUCUUUGCGAUUUUUUCGAUUUCAGAUUUUUAAUACGCACUUUCAAAGUUUGUUUCAAGAGUAACAAGAAUAACAGGAGAUACAAGAUUUUGGCUUUGAUGUUUCUUGGCGUAAUCUCAGUUGGGCCAAUGCAUGGAGAAAUGGCGGUCUCUUAUCUUUUCUCGAGAUACAGAUUUGGCUGGAGUGUUAUGCAGUAUAGUGGCUUUUCGUUUUUCCAUUUAGUCUCGCAAUCAUUCGCCAGUGUCAUUUCCUUGGCCAUAUUCUCGAAAUAUUUAAAAUGGGAAGAUGCCACAUUAGGGAUGAUUGGAAUUACCAGUUCAAUAAUAGGAUCUUUGAUAUCUGCAUUUGCCACAAUUGGAGUAGUGUUUGUUUUAGGCGGAGUUGUCGAUUGCUUCAUGAUAGCAGCGCAUAUAUCUCUUAGGUCGAUGUUGGCCAAAGUGGCAUCUCCGAACGAGCUAGGCCAGGUUUAUUCCAUCUUUGGAGUGUGUCAAGCCCUAGCACAUUUCAUAUUCAGCCCGUUAUAUAAUUUAAUGUAUAAAAGUACGAUUAUGAUAUUCCCAGGCGCGUUUUACUUGUUUUCAGUUGUGGUUAAAACGAUGGGAUUAUUUUUUUUCAUAUAUCUCUAUGUUGAAGCUGUGAGAACGAGGCGAUUAAAAUCCAAAUUGGAAAAAGAAGGAGCUUUAGAAAUCGAUGCACAUUGUUGAGGAAGUGACUUCAUCAAAUUAUCCAACCUCUUUUCGAUUGAAUAAUGAAACAUUUUCGUUUGUGAAUGUCGCCAUAUGUAUGUGAAAUUGUGAAAAUAUUUUUAGUAUUUUACAUAUAAAUUUACUAUUUUAUACAUAAAAAAGCGAUUUAGAAAUGUCGUUAAUUCUUUAUAGAGAAUAUAUAACUCAAAAAUUACACAAGAUAAUAUAAUAUAUGUAUCUUUGAUAUAA